GCGGCGCCGGGCAGGGCCGCGCCGUGCCGUGCCCGCCGCCGCCGCCGGGCACCCCCCGAGGCCGUUGCCCCGCGGCGCUGCCCAGGGCCGGCGUAGUCUGCUCUCUCGCCAACGGACGGCAGGUCCCGGCGGCGCCCCGCCGGCAGCCGGCGGCCCCGCUACCUGCCCCGCAGCGCCGCCGCCGCCGGCUGCCGCUCCGGCGCUGCGAGGAGCAGCGCGACGAUCUUUGUGUCACUAUCACAUGACAAAGGCUUUGAGACAGCUUCAUCCUCGUCUGUCUGUAAUUUCCCUUUGCCUUCCUGGCGUGCCAGAACUGUAGUGAGAAUGGUAGACUGCUGCACCGAGCGCAUUUCUACGCGAGCUCUGUGACCGAGGAAGGCGAAGGAGGUCACAGUAAUGAAAGGCAGUAGUAGGAACAAGGAUCAUUCGACAGAAGGAGAAGGAACUGGAAAGCGACCAAAAAGAAAGUGUCUUCAGUGGCAUCCCCUGCUUGCCAAGAAACUCCUUGACUUUUCUGAAGAGGAAGAGGAAGAGGAGGAAGAGGAAGAUAUUGAUAAGGUGCAGCUUCUUGGCGCUGAUGGUUUAGAGCAGGAUGCUGAUGAAACCGAAGAUGACGAGUCCUCGGAGCAGCGAGCUCGCCGACCAAUGAAUGCAUUUCUGUUGUUCUGCAAACGCCAUCGCUCUCUUGUGCGGCAAGAACACCCCCGUCUGGAUAAUCGUGGCGCAACCAAGAUACUAGCAGAUUGGUGGGCUGUUCUAGAUCCAAAAGAAAAGCAGAAAUACACUGACAUGGCCAAGGAGUACAAGGAUGCAUUCAUGAAGGCGAAUCCAGGGUACAAGUGGUGCCCUGCAACAAACAAACCUGUGAAAACCCAGACGUCCACUGUUACAAACAGGAAAAAGCUGUGGGCCUUUUCUUCAGACUCUACAAAAGAUUUACCAAGCCCCAGGAAAGUGGCGAAAAGUGAAGAAAUGCCACAGCUUAACUUCGGAAUGGCAGAUCCUACACAAAUGGGAGGCCUGAGUAUGCUGCUUUUAGCGGGGGAACAUGCCCUGACUGCACAAGAGGUUUCCUCAAGUACUUGCCAGUCUGAUGCGACUAAUUCUACGGAAGCCUGUCAGAAGUCAUCAUUGUUUCAGUUUGCAGAGAUCUCUUCAAGCACAUCACAGCCAGAUGUCCCCAGGGCUGUAAAACAAACUGAGGAGUCUGCAUUGUUUCAGUUCGCUGAGAUUUCUUCAAGUACAUCCCAUUCAGGUCCUUCUGAUUUAACAAAGCAGUGUGGAACAUCAGCAUUAUUUCAGCUGGCAGAGAUGUGCCUUGCUUCAGAAGGGGUAAAAGUGAAAGAGCCUGGGAAAAUCAAAGUGGAAGCAUCAGAGGAUGUGACAAGAGAAAUUCCAGAGGAAAUGGAAACAGAACUGGAGAAAACAACAAUAAAAGACUCCUGUAAAGGAAAAGUAGAACAAUCAGAGACAGGGAAGAUACAAGACCGGGAUGAGACAAAAACUGAGGAACCAGAAACUGCAAAAUGCAGUCAUUUUACCAGUCUUGUGAUGGAGAGCAGUCACUUUGAGAGAAAUGACAGCUCAAAGGAUUACACGUGCCGUUCUCCAGAGCUUUCAAUGGCUGACAUAAAUAUCCUUGGGCUAAGCAAGCCAGAAAAGAUAAAGAAGAAAAAGAAAAAAAAUAAGUUGGACCGACACUCAAAUGAAAAAUCCACCCCCAAGAAACCUUGUAAAAAGAGGCAAUCCUCUGAGUCGGACAUUGAAAGUGUAAUGUAUACGAUUGAAGCUGUUGCAAAGGGGGACUGGGGUGCUGAGAGACUUGCUGAAAUUCCCCGCAAAAAAGCGCGUCCUGCCUCAAAUGUGAAGGGAAGCCUGUUAGAUACAAAAUCACCAAAGAAAAAAGUGAAAUCGAAAGAGAAGAAAACAUCAAAGGAGAAACCCAUGGAGACCACCAAAGAAUCAAAGCCUCCUGAUUUCCUUAGUGUUACAGCCAGCAAGGAAGUACCCUGCGAGGCUUCUGAUAACAUUAAAGUGGAACCACUGACCCCAACAGAGGAGGUGGUACCCCAGAGCUUACCAGGACAGGUCAAAACUGAGGACAAUGACUGUGUUAAAAAGAUAGAAACCUGUGGCUCCAGGAAAUCGGAGAGAUCUUGCAAAGGUGCUCUUUAUAAAACUCUGGUGUCAGAGGGCAUGCUCACAUCUCUGCGUGCUAAUGUGGACAGAGGUAAAAGAAGCUCAGGAAAAGGCAACUCUUCAGAUCAUGAAGGAUGCUGGAAUGAAGAAAACUGGGCUUUUUCCCAAAGUGGGACGAGUGGGAACAAAAAACUGAAAAGGCCUAAGCCAAAGGAAGAGUUCGUUUUGGGCUUAGCAAAGCUGGAAGAAGAAUUUGAAAAGAAAUUCAACAGCCUCCCUCAAUACAGUCCUAUUACCUUUGACCGGAAAAGUUCAUCUGUUCCGAGGAAAAAGAGAAAGGUUGGAAGCGGCUCAUCUGAACAACCAAAAUCCAACAAAGGUUCAUUCCAGUCUCAGAAAAAGAACUUAUUCCACAAAAUUGUCAGCAAAUAUAAGCACAAAAAGGAGAAGCUUAAUGUUCCGGACACAGCCAUACUCUCAGAAGACAAAAAUUCCAGUGAGCCUGCCUGGAAGAAUAAAAUUUCUAUAGCUGCCCUAAACACUCCAGAGCCAGCAAUGAUGCAUGAACCCUUAGUUGGUAGCCAAAAGAGGAAAGCAAGGAAAACUAAGAUCACCCAUCUUGUCCGAACAGCCGAUGGUCGAGUGUCACCAGCAGGAGGAACAUUGGAGGAAAAGCCAAAAGAGCUGCCACAAAGUACUCUUCAAAAAACGUCAAGUGCAGAAACAGAUUGCAACAGUGAGUGCACCAGAAGUGCAGAGUCAGAAGAAACUCAUAGUAUUACACCAGAUAUGCCAGCAGUGUCUGCAUUUUUUAGCUUAGCUGCUCUGGCAGAAGUAGCAGCAAUGGAAAACGUACACAGAAGUCAGAGGGCCACACCUCUCCCACAUGACGGACAGCCAAACGAAAUGUCUCAGGCUCCAGUGCUUAUUUCCUGCGCUGACCAGUGAAGCUCCACUUUAUUGUAAAACAUUGUGCUUUACCUAAUAUCCUAGCCUUGUCUUUACCAAGGGAAGCUAGUCAGUCCAUAUGUUGGAAACUAUAGACUGCAAGCAAGUGCUUAUUGCUCUGAGUGGCCCAGAAUUCACUGGAAGCCAGACAUUAGCAACUUGGGCCAGGUCCUCAAAUCGGAACCCAGUAUGUAGGAGGGUGAUAUUAUUUGUCUAUUAAUGAACAGAAAUGGAAUGAUCCCAGAGCUUGCUUUCUAUUGAAGGCUUUUAAACAGUAAAUGGGUGGUUGAUGUGAAAAAGGCUGCCUUUACUGUAGCUCACACAGCGUCUCUUUUACCAACCAGAGAGUAUGGCAACUAGUUUCGUAUAAUACCUAGUUAUUCUAAAUGAAAAUGAAAAAAAAAAAACAACAACAACAAAAACACUGACGCACUGCACUAGUUAUUAUUAGAUAUUCUUAGUCAUUUUUGUACAUGAAGAUUUAAGUUCUAAGAUGGUUUAUAUUAAUAGGUUAUGCCUACGUUUAUAUUGUAGAAUGAAUUUAAAACCUGUUCCAGAGAACUCAAGGCAGCCUGGACAGAUGUACCAUUGUUAGCGGUGUUUGGGCAGCCAUGUGGUCCAGAUGUUCUGCACUUUUAUAUUUGCCACCGAAGUGGUAGAGUUUACUGGCAAAAAUUCUGACAGGCUAUGUUUGGGUUUUGUUUGUUUUUUAAUUUAGCUUUGAGUAACCAGGAUGAUGUGCAUUAGCAGAAGGAGUGGUGUAUGGAAAAGAAAAAUACUGCAGAUGAUUGACUUGUCUUUCAUGCUUUGGAGGGUUCCUUUAUUUUUGCAUAGAUAUCUGAGCGACUUGGUGAAGUGUUCCUGUAAACAAAAAGUACUGCAAAUAUGUUGUUCAGAAGUGACCUUAGUAUUAUUUCACCAUUCUGAAAAACCUAAAAACGUGACUUUUUCAAUAUACAUGUACACUGAUACACAUACCUUUUACAUUUUACAGACACUGGCAUUGUUGUAGUUACUAUGCACAGUCUAAAUUGGCUUCAUAGAUUGUACAAAGGGCCAAUUACAGUUUGUGUUGGUAAAGUGGCAAGUUGUAUGCAGAUAAACUACGACUGAAGAAUAACGUGUGACUGAACUCAGACUACCAAACAGAGAUUCAUCUGCCAGUUUCUGUCUCUGCUUCUGUUGAAUUUUUGUGUUUUGCUCUCAUAAAUACAUCCCAAAAGCCAGGCCACGUGUAUCACUUGGCCUGUUACCUUCACUAUCUUGACUUACACUAUUGUAUAACCAAGCAUUGAUUCCUACCAACAGAUGCAAAAUGAUCACUAGUAAUUAAUCUAAAGCUACAAAUUCAACAGGGUACUUCUUCUAUAGCACAAGAUGUUUCCCUACUUUUUGCAUUGUAGCACAACAAUUUACCAAAUUGGACUCCAGCAAUAAUUUUCUAUUAGUCUUCGUCAUACUGGCUGAACUUUUGAUAGUAUUAGGUUGAGUUUGAAGUUCUUUGAAUUAAGUCUUUAAAUGAUGAGAGUUUACAUCGUUCUAUCAGGCAUUCUUAUUUAUACUUGACUGAAUUGAUAAUGUGUUUUGGGGUUAUUUUGUAACUAAUUUGAUGUAAUAGCCAUAUGGACAGUAACUCUAUUAAUGCUUGCUAGGUUUAGCCUUUCAUUGUUGUAGUUGAGUGAAAGUCUUUGGUUCCUCGUUGGGAAAACGAUACGCAACAUACCACACGAGUUGUAACAACGGCUGAAGGUUUCACAAAAGGCAGGUAGCUUGGGAAGUAUCAUUAAAACAGCACCAUCAAAGAUGCAUAUGUUGGAAGAAGUGAACAACAACAACAACAAAAGAACAACAAAAUUUAAGAGCCAAUGAGUCAGUGAAAAGGCUUUUUAAAAAUUCAGGUAAAUACAUGAGAGCCCCCUAGGAUGCCAUUGCAGCCUAUGGCAGUAUUUUUAAUAAGAUGUUAUUAAUGUUUUAUAAGUUAUUUUAACAAGACAGAAAAACUUAGGACUUAAAACCGUAGGGUCACAGCAAGGUGGCUGUUGGAGUUUUGGACCACUUUAUAAUUAGCUGAAAUCCAAAUAUGUUACAGUGCAGGCCGUUCACGUUGACAAUGGUACUAACUUAUUUCUCUAGAAACCCUUAGAGUAGAUAUAUUUUUGUCAAAGCACCCCAUCCUUCCUCAAUUUAAAUUUCAAUAUUGUUCCUGAAGAUAUUUCUGUAUAUUAAUGGUACCUUUUUUAAAAGAAACAGAAAAUUACUUUUUUCUAUAUGAAUUAAUAUCUUACUUGAUCUGCUUUUCCUUGACUUUCCCUUAGAGAGGGGGUAGGGUUGGGUCAGUUUACUGGAUAUGACUGUUUUCAGAUACUUAUAAACCUUUUUGUAGAUAUGCUUAAUUUUUAAGCGAUUAGGCACUGAGAGUAGCAGAAAUCCUGCAAAGCUUUAUAGUUCACUAGGCAUUUGCCUUUGUUGGUUCUCUGAGUGAUGUCUUGAUUUCAGUAGCUAGAAUUUUCCCUGAAUCUGCUAGAAGGGGUAUCAGUAUUUUCAGGUAACAAAGUCUGUUAGCACAACAAAAAUUUCAGACCAAUAUUUUACUGUAUUGGGGGUUGGGUUUUUUUCCGUGUUUGUUUUGUUUUAAUUUUUAUUAAUUUCAGCUGCUUUCAUUUUGGAAAAUCAUAUUGCUAUCGUGUGUACUUCAGUAUACCAGCAAACACUGUUACCCGUUAACACAUGUCCACAAAUGCCUCUAGAGAAGAAAUUGUUGCACCUUAUGUAUAUCUCAAGCAAACCAAAAUAUGAUGCUUUUCUGCUUUGUUUAUUCUGAAUAUGUUGUAUCAUACUUUACUCAACCCAUUUUAACUUAGCUAAAGCUAUCAAUAUUUAUGCAUUUCACAUUAUUUUCUGGAUCUGAACCUGUGUAUAAAUCUUUCUUAAAAAAAAAAAAAGGAAAAAAAAAGCAAUUAUCGUAGUCCUCCUCUAUGACUUAUCCAUGGGAGCGGGGAAUCUUGUCUCAAGUGUAAAAUGCAGUACUAUCCCAGUGUUCCUUGGCUUUUAUUUAUUUAGUGAUCUUUGAUAUUUCGUAUAUAGUUUUGAGGUAUACAAAGUAUAUUAUCGUAGCUGAAGCUACAGACCUAAGCAGCUGGGAGAAAAUUACUGUAAUGUCUUCUUAAUUGUUCUAGUACUGUAUACAUAUAUGGGAAAUAUGUUCUGCAAAACAUUUGAGAUGCAGAUUCUUAUCCCCACGUUAGGUUAUUUUUCAGAUAUUAGACCAAAUCGAUCCAAAACAUCUAUGGAGAUUACUUACUGCUCUGAUUAUGGCAGUAAUACCCCUUGAAUGUGCUGUGAUUUCAGAAAUAGAGUAUAUUUAUUUAAGAUGACUGAAUGCUCUUUUAUACUAAUACAAUGUCCCAAAGUCAUGAGCAAAAGACUUCUUGUUAGUUUUGGUUUAUAUUUUAUAGCAUUGGUGCAUGACUUUUGAAAUUAAAAUGAUAAGCAUUGUUGUUGGAAAGGGGCACAGGAACAAGGGAUUGAUAGAAGCAUGUGAACUGGUGUUUAACUUCCAUCUUUGGUCUUUUUUAUUUGGGUGGAUGCUACCUUUGUAGCAAAAGGCUGAAGAGCACUCUGCAGUCUAUUUUGUAUCAAGUAGAAACCCAGGAGAGUUGUAACUCACAUCAGAACGAGGGAUUACCGGAUAGUUUGGAUGCCAUCUUUUGGAGCGGGAUAUUAAAUUGAAGCAGUUUUAAUUUCUACUGCAUGUUUAGCUACUGUACAGAUACUGGAACAGACUGAAGGCAACAGUUGUAGACAUGGGACAGCUAACAGAGGUUAAAAGAAAGGAAAGUUGGCCUUGUUCUCAAUAUGGUGAAGUUGCAGCAACAAAGGGGAGUUAGGAAAAAAGAUUUAUAUACAUAUAUAUAUAUAUAUAUGUGCGCAUGCGUGUAUGUACAUUCUGCAAAAGAAAAAUGUAGGCAAGAUAAAAACAUGAUGGGUCUACAUGAGAUUAUAAUGUAUGUUGAUCCUUUGAGUGCACUCCCUUUUUUGAAUGCUGAGUCUAAUAUGGCUACCUCUCCUAAAAGACUACUUUAGUUAACUUCCAUUUGCUUUCAGGCUUCAUCGUGUAAUCUCUUCAGCCAUUGACACCAUUUGUAUAUCACUGUAUACUUUCCAAGAGCAACAUUUAGCAGGCAGGAUAAGGCUGAAUAUACAGUGGUAGCCAAAUUAUGUUGCUGGAGCAUUUUUGUUUAACCUCUGCCAUAGUCAUAUGGGUUGCAGGACAUGGACCCACUAGCUCUAGUUGGUUCAGUGAGAUUGUUUUUUGUAACAGCAGAAAACGCGGUGCUCAUCAGGUGGUGGACUUCAGAUAUUCCCCGUGGUAAUGCAGCAAUCCAGAUGCUGCUCUUGAAACUUAUCCUGCAGUUGACGUUUGCAGUCCUGAUUUCAGAAGGAAACAUAAUUGUGCAACUCGUGUGUUGUAUACCAUGCGGUCUCCAUUAGAUUCUGUUUGUUUGCCGUGCUCGUUUGCCAGACUGUAGAGCUCCUAGGUAUCUUUGCCAUGUUUUGUACUAUUUAUGGCAUUCUCUCUACCUUGUACAUAUUGUGGGACUGUCACCUAAAGCUGCCAGAAUGUUGAGUCAUUUUCAGGACACCGAGAGCCACGAACGAAUGCAUUUAGGCUAUGAAAGAGUUAUUUGCCUCCUCCCCUGAAUCUCCCAAUAAAAAGGCACAGUGAGGGUUAUACUCUCACCUAAGUACUAUUAUAGUCAUUUCUAUAUUCAGUAUCUCCUAUUGAAUUGAGAAUUUUGAAGAAGCUUGUAAGAUGGUAUGUUUCAUGUUCCCCAGCUCAUUCUUUUAAGGCAGAAAUCUAGGAAGAACUGACCUCAGGUUUCAACUCAGCAACACACCUGAGUUUAUGCUUAAGAUGCUCCUUAUUUAAGGGUAGUAUUGCUGUUUGCAUUAGGACAGUGCAGGAGCCCUGAUAAUGGACCACCAUGCUGUUAGAGUUAAGGUUGGGUUUGCGUGACGUUUCUGACGGAGGUGUAUCAUUUUGACCUAGGGCCUUCAUUCACAUAGCAUUUUAAAAACAAAUGCAAAUAGCUUAGCAUUCAUUGAGUUCUUCCAAAGAAUUACCUUCUACUUUCUGGGUCUUGACGGUUACCAAAUACCAGCAGACCCGCACUGUACUCUACUGGAAAUGAUGCAUUUGCAGUCGCAGUGCACAGGCAAACUAACCAGGCUUCCGAAUGCAAUGGUCUAAUCUACUCUUCUAACACAUACAACCAAAGCACUAUUCCCCUCCCCCCCCCCCCCCCCCCCGACGCUGCUAUACUUUAGUCAGUGCUUGGGGCUUUGAAGGUGACAAAAGCAAGAGAGAUAUGUAUGUGUCUGUGUGUGUAUGUGUGUAUACAUAUGUAUAUGCAUACAUACAUAUAUGUACACAUAUGCAUACUCACACACCUCAGAGUGCUGUGACUUGCAACGUGUUCUCUGUACAUAAGUGUUCCCGUGUUCAGUCAUAAAACAACAUGUGGUUUCUCAGACCAUAGUUUUCAAACUUUCUUGGUAGAUUUCAUUUUCUUCCCUUCACAUUACACCGUAACAUGUGAUUUUCAAAAAUGUCUAAAAGAAAUAUAAAUCCUGCUGAUUUAGAUGCUAUGAAAACCUUUCUCAGCAGUGCUCUCUUUGAAUAACCGGUCUCUGUUGACAGUUUUAACAUAAAUGAUUUGCUAUGAUCUCUUUUCCUAGGGCCCAAUCCUUCAACUUUUAUUCUUGCACAUAAUUCCACUGAAUUUUGACCCAGUAUUUGGCUUUAUUCUUUUUAAAGCUUGGUGUAAACAUGCCUUACAACAGUUUAUCUCCAUCAAUUGUAUAACAGAGCUACUGCCUUCUUAGGUGUGUGUAGUUAAGGUCAAUAAGCACAUUUAUAAAAUGUCAUUUUUUUCUUCAAAAUCCUCUAAUUUGAUAUUUUUAAGUGCACAUGUUAAGUCAUGUGUAUAACAUGCUAAAGUACAUGAAACUGUGAUCAUGAAACUGAAUAAAAUAUUUAAUAAAAUAUUUGAAAUAUUUGAAAAAGACCUUCAAACAGAUUUCUUUUAUGUUCGAUCUAUUUUGGUUAUCUAGUGUGUGCUUGUAAAUAGUUUCCCAUUUAAAACUAACGAUUGCAAAUAAAUACUGUUAAAAUGGAGCUUUUUGAUAGUUCAUCUGCUUUACCAUCAAAUGAUUGUUUACUUGAACAUACUGCUGAGUUAAUAGUAUUUGCAGAAUUUGUUUUUAGUUAGAGUAUGAAAUUGUUCGCUUUUUUUUUUAACAUAAAAAAAAUCUUGUUUCUACCUGAAAAUGGAAGAUGCCAAAAACAGAGAUGGAUCCUCAAAACUGUGAGCUGUACUUUCCUGUCAAAUCGUCCACUCAAGCACUAGAUGAUGACUAUAAAAAUACUACAUAUUUUGCAGCAAACAUAUGCCCAUUUGUUCUUGCUUAGACGUGUCUAUAAUGAGAGCUUCCAUUUUAUUCUUAAAAAGUCCCGAGCCUGGUUCAGUGCUGUUGAAAGUGUCGGAAAGAUCCUCAGAUACAUGCAAGUGCCACAGAAUUCAAUGAGUUUGUACCAGCAUGAAGCUAGAGAUUGUUGGACAGAGACAGCCAGGAGUCAUGUAGUGAGGCUUUGGGAGAAAAACUUGCCUUUUCUCCUGAGCUCCCCUAGAAAGGCACGAGGAGGUUUCCACUUCACAUUCCUGAAUUUUAUCUUCUUCACGCAAUUGGAAAACUCAUUUACAGCCCACAUGAGUAUAACUGAAAUCAUCUUGCAUAAUGAAGCUCUGGCUACAUUUUCAGUCUUUGGACACUAAAAGGAUUUAUUUAGAAAUGGAUUCUCUUUUAGAAAUAAGCAGCAAGCACCAUCAGUAUUUACACCUAAAGGUCCCCACUAUUUUGGAACCUCAUUUAAACCAGGACCUUGUUCAGCCCCUGUAUUUUACCCUCUUACUGAGGCUUGAAAAUUACACUCUUGGGAUCUUGUCUUCUACUGUCCUUGGAUGCACAAAGCAUCCCUUGAUUGCCUUGCAUUUUUCUGAUCAUAGAAGACUUGAGCACAGACUUCAUGAAACCAGUAGAAACCUAUUGUACACAUGGGAGCAGAACUGCUGUCUCUGGAUCAAAAGUAGCAGGAGGGAAGUAAGCCUUUAGUGUUUUGUUUUGUUUUUUUAUAAACAGUGUGCCCUUUACUCAGGGAAGAAGAAACGUACACAAUCUUGCACUGCCUUGGCUAGGUGUGCAGUAGUUUCUCUGCAAAGAAUACCAGGAAUGGAACAGCUUCAGCAUUAAAGGCCCUGUAAAGUCAUACUUGGGCAAGGGAGAAAAAAACUGAUUUAGUGAGUAAAAAAAGCUAGACAGAAACCUUCUUACGAAAUAUAUUUUCUCUCGGUAUAAUAUGCCCAGUCAGGGGCAUUUAAAGCACUAUUCCAUAUCUGUGAUUACCAAAUUACCUUAAAACAUAGUCAUCUUCAUUUCUCAAACUCCAUCUUUUUUUGUCUGCUCUCAUUUUGUUCUUCCAGCAAAACUGCUGCUUAUUCAGCUAACUCCUAGUGCAUCCAGAUCUUUUUUGUUACCCAGCCCUCACUCACAUUGCUUCUUUCAGGACAUGGGGCAGGAAGAUGUCAUCCUCCCAAAGCACCGAACUACUGCCAGGCAUUCCGACAUUUUUCCAUUGAUUCCAGUUGUUGAGUUCUUCUGUUAUUCAUUGCGUUUUUUUUUUUUAACAUGCAGCUAAUCCCUCUUUCAAACAGCCUUUUUUUUUUUUACAGUGUGAAAACUUUAAGUGAGAUGCAAAGUAUGUUUGCGCAUUCCAUAACCAACUUAUAGCCCAUAGGACUGUCAGUUCCUUAGUAGGACACUAGCACUUUGUAACAAAAUAUGAUACAUUUCUAUAUUUGCUGCAAAAUUCUGUUUUGUUUUGUUUUCAAAAAUAAAACCUGAAAGAUAUAACGCCUA